AUGGCCUCUGUUAAUGAAACUCCUCAGUACAAGAUCAUAUACAUGUCCUCCCACAACGGACUGGUGUUGUUCCGGGGAAUUACGUCCUCUUUCUUUAAUCGAACAGGGCAUAUCGGAGUAGCGUCCCUGAAGAAAUUCUUUAUGCAUGCGGCAAUGGUGGCAUUCGGGGAUGGAUACUUUGACCGUACUAAAAUUGAUACUGAUUCUACCCGUGCUUUUCUAGUUAGUCAGGGAAUGAGAAUGUCAUUACAACUUUACUCCGAUAUAGCUCAUCUAUCUUCGUCAAACCUUCUCGUGGAGGUUCGAGCAGCUGCAGUAGGGCGCACGUCUAUGACCAAUCUCUAUAUCCUGUCAUGCGCAGACACUAAAAUAGAACUUGCCCGGUGCGUGACUACUCUCGUUUGUACGAGUGUUGAUUCCAGACGCCCAACUCCACUGCCAAAAUGGUUCACGGAAAAGUAUAAGUCUGUCACUGACACAAAUUUGGAUAUUUUGAAAGAUGGAGUAAAAACAAGUCGAGAAUUUAGACACGUUCCUCAAGACUGUUUCCGAAUAGAAAUAAAAACAAGAUAUAGUGAUACAGAUUUUAACGACCAUGUCAAUCAGUCAGAAUAUAUCCAGUUCUGUCUCGAGAGUGCAACAGGAGCAACACGCUCCGGGUACUAUAGGCACUUUACGUCCGACAUACUCUGGUAUCCAGUUCUAGAAUCAGAUAUUAUACAUCUCGGCGAAUCUCGCGCCUGCGAGAUGUUGACUAUUUACACAUGGCAAGACAAAACGAACAUUCAAAUAAUACAUUUUUCUAUUCAUAACAAAUCGUCGUCAAAAUGUGUCGCUGUUGCCACAAUCAAGUUUGAUACAGGAUCACUGAGACCACAGGCAAAUUCAAGUUUGUAA